CUCUCUCUUUUUCUCCGGCGUCUCUGUUUGCUUAGGGUUUUUCGAUUUAAUUUUUUUUCAGUCACGAGGUCGAAGACAAAGAAGGCUUAAAUCAAACUCCAUAGAAAUGGAAAAGAAACAAGGCUUUUUCUCAUCACUUCGAGACGAAGUCGUGAGAGGUCUUUCACCUUCUCGCUCAAGACCACGUUCUCGUUCCGCGAGCCCAUCCCGCUCGAAUUCAGCUCUUCUCUGGGGUCGGAAGAAACUAAUCGCGAGUUCCGGCUGCGGCGGCGGCGGCGGCGGAUAUUACUUAGCGACGCAACCGGAGCCGUUGACUGGAAGAUCCGGGAGCUUAAGGCCCGUAAUGGAAGGUCCUGAUCCAGACGAUACUAACGAUGGAGGAGGUGGAGGUGAAAUUUCAGGGGAUUCGAAACGACUCGGGUCGGGUCUAGGUCACUGGGUCAAGGGUCAGUUAUCACGUGCUCCGUCCGUGGCUUCUACGUCGGGUUAUCGGAGGUCCGAUUUGAGACUGCUCCUCGGCGUCUUGGGAGCUCCUCUCGCACCCGUUCACGUCUCUUCCUCCUCCGAUCAUCUCUUGCUUCACCUCACCAUCAAAGAUACAUCUAUCGAAAAAUCAUCUGCUCAGUACAUUCUGCAACAGUACACGGCGGCUUCAGGUGGUCACAAGUUACAAAACUCCAUUAAAAAUGCUUACGCUAUGGGUAAGCUCAAGAUGAUAACCUCAGAGCUCGAAACUCCCACAAGAACAGUUCGAAAUCGAAACCCAACAAAGUCAGAAGCUGGAGGGUUCGUUCUCUGGCAGAUGAAUCCAGACAUGUGGUACGUUGAGCUCUCUGUUGGUGGUAGUAAGGUUCGUGCUGGUUGCAAUGGCAAGCUCGUUUGGCGACACACUCCUUGGCUCGGUUCUCACACUGCUAAAGGACCCGUCAGGCCUCUUCGUCGUGCACUUCAGGGACUUGAUCCGAGAACUACUGCGACUAUGUUUGCUGAAUCCAAAUGCGUUGGAGAGAAGAAAGUGAAUGGUGAAGAUUGUUUCAUUCUGAAGCUAUGCACUGACCCUGAAACCCUAAAGGCAAGGAGUGAAGGACCAGCAGAGAUCGUAAGACACAUCCUUUUCGGUUACUUCAGCCAAAGAACAGGACUUUUAGUUCAAAUUGAGGAUUCUCAGCUGACCCGGAUGCAAUCCCAUGGUGGUGAUGCUGUUUACUGGGAAACCACGAUCAACUCGUCUCUAGAGGAUUACAAGCAAGUGGAAGGGAUCAUGAUUGCUCACUCUGGACGCUCUGUUGUUACCCUUUUCAGAUUUGGGGAAGUGGCGAUGAGCCACACGAGGACAAAGAUGGAGGAAAAAUGGACCAUUGAAGAAGUCGCUUUCAAUGUUCCUGGUCUGUCACCAGAUUGCUUUAUCCCACCGGCUGAUCUUAGGUCUAGUUCGUUAACCGAGGCCUGCGAGUACUCGAAUCAAGAGGAGAAAGGCAAAAGCUCGAUCGCGUUGGCUGCAACAGCUCAUAGAGCUAAAGUUGCAGCCUUGGAGAAAGGAAGGUUUGACGGUAACCCGGUAUGGCAUGUCGAUGUCUGAGUUUGGUAGGGAAGAUGCAAUCUGUUCAUAGCAAUUACUGGUAACAAGACUCAAGACUUGGAAUCAAACUAACUUCCCCAUUUUGUUUAGAAGCUCACAUAUUAGGAGUUUGAUCACACGAUUUUUUUCUUCUGAUUUCGUUUUGUUUGUUUUUUUUUUUCAAUUGACACCUUCAAUAUUUUUGAGUAAGGUGAUGGGUCUUGAUUUGCAAAAAUGUUAGUGGCAAGUGAAGGAGAAUUGCU